ACACCGAGCAAUGCAGGCAGAAACACCAGGUCGAUCAUCUGCCGGUGGUACUCAGUGUGCAGUGCAAACUGCUUUGCCAUGGCCACACAUACCAAUACAAGCAUGGUGUCUGACUGCUGUCUCUGUUUGCUGCUGCCUCAAGCCGAGCCAUUGGCUGGCUGCAGAAGUGCCUCACUGAGCACCUCAAGAAACCCGCAGCCGGCUGCCUGCCGCAUGUGCCGCUUGGACACUGCCGUGUCUGAUGUGUCCAGCAGCCCGAGCAGUGUGGUGGCUGCCCGCGUCACUACCUCAUUUUCCCUGGGCACGCGCAUAGCGUCCACCAGCGCCUCAAUGCCGCCGGCCCAAACCACCCUGCCGACCCGCUGUGGCGUCAUCACCAGCACCUGCAGCAACACAACUACCCUCAACCGGCCCUUCUCUGGUCCUGAACUGCCCUGAGCCUGCGCGACUAUCAACUGCAGCAUCUCCUGCCGCAUGGCCAUAUCGAGCACCAGCUCAGAUGCAAUAUCCUGCGGCUUAAAGUUG